AAAGUAUCUCUUCCACAUAUUCCUACAAAAACUCCCUCUAUACUUCUUUUGCCUCAUUUGCAUAUCCUCUUGUAAUAAUAAUAACUUUCCUUUCCCUACUCCAUCUGCCAACAAUGGAGCCAACGUACCCCAUUGCACCACCACCACCACCACCAGACGAGCACCAUGAAAGAAUGUCGACGACACGAUUCCAUCCUACACAAGCGUUGACAGAUAGAAUCUUGAGGGCUCUAGGGCAUAGGCUUUUCCUCCUCCACAGGUCAGACUCUAAUUUCUACAUAUUGGGAGCCACAGGAAAUGUGUAUAUUGUUAACGUAUCAACCACCCCUGCAUGCACAUGCCCUGAUCAUGCAACCCCAUGUAAACUUAUUUUGUUUGUGCUUAUUAAGGUCUUAGGGGUUCCCUUAGACGAUCCAUGCCUAAGGAAACGGACUCUAAGGCCUAACCAGCUGACUCGACUCUUGGCUAAUCCUAGUUCUAUGUACUCCCUUGCGGGGCCUAGCCUUCGCGAGAGGUUCCACCAAGCCUUCUUCCUUGGAAGGGAGCUUGGUGGGGCGGUGCACACCCCACGCCCUAGCGUUGAGGAGGGUGUUGUGUGUCCGAUUUGCCUCGAGGAGAUGGGGAAGACGGGGGAGAGAUUGGUGGCUUGUGGAACAUGUAGGAACUCUUUGCAUGAACAGUGCCUGAUGACUUGGAAAAGGACUCAGAGAAGAAGGUCAUUUAGUUGUGUGAUUUGUAGGUCAAGAUGGAAAGAUAGGGCAAAUCAAGAGAAAUAUUUGAAUUUGGCUGCUUAUGUUAGUGAAGAUAAUCAUAUGGCUUCUCAAAGUGCAGGUGAUACUGGUUGUGGUGAAUAACAUUACUGGUUUAAUUUGGGUGAUCAUCCUUUUUUCAAUUUGUAUAGUGAAGUUGUAUAGAAAUUUCCAGGUUUAUUGAUGUAGACUUGCAUGCAUUGUACAGAAAUAUGUAAUGCUUUA